GAGGUUGUGAUCGUGACUAACGCCGCGACGGUGCCCGCCCGUAAAUGUUGGCUCUCAGGUUGCGGUGGCUGGAUCCAGCUUCCAGCGGGCUGCUUCUGUUGGAAAGUCCAUCUCUGCCGUCCCGGAUGACUCAUCACAGGGAUGAGUUUUUUAAGUCAGCCGUUCAAGCUCCAAACGAGAAUGGAAACCUUUGGAGGACCACAGCUGUACAGAUGUACCAUGGCUGCUCUUGUUCAUCCUCUUCUGCGUAGGGAUGGGCUUUAUCUGUGGCUUUACAAUAGCUACAGGAGCAGCUGCAAGACUGCUUUCAGGAUAUGACAGUUAUGGAAAUAUCUGUGGACAGAAAAAUGUCAAGGUGGAGGGAAUAGCCAACAGUGGUCUGGACCUCACACAGAAGAAGUAUGUAUUCUUCUUGGACCCAUGCAAUAUUGAUCUGGUACACCAGAAGAUCAAAUCUCUUGCUUUGUGUGUGUCAGCUUGCCCAAGGAAAGAACUAAAAACUUUGGCUGAUGUUCAGAAAUUUGCAGAAACUAAUGGAUCUACUCUGUGUAGCUAUGAACUACUGCCAUCAGAAUAUACUACAGACCCGAGGGCUGCCAAGUUGUGUCCUAAAUAUCCUGUUCCAGAGAGUGCACCUAUUCCAUUCUUCCAUCGCUGUGCUCCUGUGAACAUUUCCUGCUAUGCCAAGUUUGCAGAGGCCCUGAUCACCUUUGUCAGUGACAGUAGUGUCUUACACAGGCUGAUUAGUGGAGUUAUGACCAGCAAAGAGAUUAUAAUGGGACUUUGCUUGUUGUCACUAGUGUUGUCCAUGAUUUUGAUGGUUAUAAUUAGGUACAUUUCAAGAGUGCUUGUCUGGAUUUUAACAAUUCUUGUCAUUCUGGGAUCACUUGGUGGAACAGGAGUCCUGUGGUGGCUCUAUGCUAAAGAACGAAUGUCUGCCAGUGCUGUUGAGACUCAAAUAGCCAAAGAAAAUCGUCAGGCUCUCCUGAUCUAUGCCAUUUCAGCUACUGUCUUCACGGUUAUCUUGCUUUUGAUAAUGUUAAUUAUGCGCAAACGAGUAGCUCUCACAAUUGCCUUGUUCCAUGUGGCCGGCAAGGUCUUUAUUCACCUGCCACUGCUAGUCUUCCAGCCAUUUUGGACAUUCUUUGUGCUUAUCCUCUUCUGGACGUAUUGGAUCACAGUCCUACUUUUCCUUGGUACUACAGGUAAUCCUGUCCCAAAUGAAGAAGGAUUUGUUGAGUUUCGGUUGACAGGCCCCCUGAAGUACAUGUGGUGGUACCAUGUAGUAGGUCUCAUCUGGAUCAGUGAGUUUAUCCUAGCCUGUCAGCAGAUGACAGUAGCAGGAGCUGUUGUGACAUACUAUUUCACAAGGGAGAAAAGGAAUCUGCCAUUUGCUCCUAUCCUGGCGUCUGUUAACCGCCUUGUCUGUUACCAUCUAGGAACGGUUGCAAAGGGGUCUUUCAUUAUCACAUUGGUGAAGAUACCACGAAUGAUUCUUAUGUAUAUUCAUACACAACUCAAAGGAAAAGAAAAUGCUUGUGCUCGCUGUAUGCUUAAAGCCUGCAUUUGCUGUCUUUGGUGUCUAGAAAAGUGCCUGACCUAUUUAAAUCAGAAUGCAUACACAGCCACAGCUAUCAACAGCACCAACUUCUGCACCUCAGCAAAGGAUGCCUUUGUUAUUCUAGUGGAGAAUGCUUUGCGAGUGGCUGCCAUAAACACUGUUGGGGAUUUUAUGUUGUUCCUUGGAAAGGUCCUGAUUGUCUGCAGUACAGGUUUGGCCGGGAUUAUGUUGCUGAAUUAUCAACGAGAUUACACUACCUGGGUGCUGCCUCUCAUAAUUGUCUGCCUCUUUGCGUUCCUGGUUGCUCACUGCUUCCUUUCCAUUUAUGAAAUGGUUGUUGAUGUCCUUUUCUUAUGUUUUGCCAUCGAUACAAAAUACAAUGAUGGAAGCCCUGGGAGGGAAUUCUACAUGGACAAAGUACUCAUGGAAUUUGUGGAGAAUAGUAGGAAAUCUAUGAGAGAAGCUGGCCGGGGAGGUGGAGCUGAGGGCAGAGAGCUAAAACCAAUGGGCUUUUCAAAAUUUGCUUCAAAAUGUGAAGUGACUUCUGGACUGGUGGCUCCAGGCCAGCCUUCCAUUUGUGGUGGCUAAGAAAAUGUACUUAUUCCCUCUGUUUUAUUAUGGGUCAGAGCUUAUUGCAAUAGCCAGUUCCACAUGAAAGGAGCAGCUCUGGAAUCUGACAAACUGAAAUGAUCGAAGAACUCAACUUCCAUCUUCUUGGACAGGUAACUCCCAAGAAAUAUCCUUAUCUUCGUUUUCAUGUAAUGGGUUUUUUAUUCUUUUCCUCGGCUCACGUGAACUCCCCUGGCUGCUCUUUAUUUGAGCAGUGUACAUAAAUGUACCUUCUUACAGAGGUGUAUCCUACAUCUUAAAAAGAAGGAAAGAGAACUUUUACAGCAGUUAACCAAAACUGAGCUGAGUUUGGUUUUUUUGUUUGUUUGUUUGUUUGUUUGUUUGUUUGUUUUUUGAGCCUUACCUGACCCAACAGGAAGAGCAAGCAGUAGAAGAGUACCAAGAGUAGCAGGGCUGAGGUGGCCCCACAUCAGCCAGCACGCCCUGGAGCAGUGCCUCAGUAGGUGUGUAUAGGAAGGCUGUGUGCAGCAGCAGUACCCAGUGUAUGGAACUUACAGAUAUGAGGAUAAGAUAUGGGCAAGUAAAUAAUUAUGGAAUGCAAAAUGAAAAUGGCAUUUUGGAGAAAAAGGGCAUGUGGCUAAUUAAUUGGCCUCAGAAGGAUUUUGCCUUGUGACUUCAGAGCAGUCUCAAAGCAGGGUUGGGGAACAUGCAGAUAAUGAAAUUUGCAAAACCAAACACCAGGAGCACACAGAGGCCCUUUUGCCAAAACCACAGACUAAUUCUGUGUAAAGCAGGUGUAUAAAUAAAAGUGCAAAAUGUGUAAUUGUAUUUAUGCAUACACGUAUAAUACAUUUAGUGUAAACUGGAUACAUGAAAAAAUCCAUGGAUAACUACAGGAAACUGCAGAAGCUGCAUGAAGCAGGUGAGUAGUGCUGACUCUGAGGUGGUAAAAGCCCCAUGUUAGCUUGUGGCUAAGCUACCUUUCUGACCCAGAGUGUCGCAAACCCUGGCCUGCUUGCUGCUCCUGACCCCCCAGACUGGUGGUAUUCUCCAGUGACACUUCCUUCCAUCCACUGGACAAUGGUGUGCUGAGCACCAGCUGCCCACAGCACCUAGUCCCACACUGGAGGUCAUUUGAUCAUACUGGGAGAGCUCGUGGGUCUGCAGGGCAACAGCACAGCUCCCCAGGGCGCGCAGCCGGGUAGAGAGAGACAACACCUAGACUCUGCUCCUUGCAGGAAGGGUCCAUACAGGAGUCAGGCUCCAAGAUCUCUGUAUCACAGAAGAACCACUGAUGUCAUUUGUCUGGCCUUUGACACGGUCCCCCAUAACAUUCUUCUCUACACAUUGGAAAGGUAUGGAUUCUAUGGAUGGACUGUUUGAUGGACAAGAAUCUGGUUGUGAGAUCAUAGCCAGAGAGUGGUGGUCAAUGGCUCAGUGUCCGGAUGGAGAUCACUGACAAGUGGUGUCCCUCAGGGAUCAGUACUGCGCUCUUCAACAUCAUCAGUGAUAUAGACAGUGCAAUUGAGUGCACUCUCAGCAAGUUUGCGGAUAACACCAAGCUGAGUAGUGCCUUAACAUGCCCGGGGGACAGGAUGCCAUCCAGAAAGAACCAGGUAGACUCAAGCAGUUAUCUCAAGAGAAUCUCUACAAAACCAAGGGCAGUGUCCGCACCUGGGCCACAGAAGCCUCCACUAGCAACAUGUUGAGCUGGAGCUGAGAUUAAAAGGUUUUAUCCUCCCUGUCCUGAUUUAUUACCAAGUGGUCAUAGUGACUUACAUGUCAACCACAUCAAAGUCUUUUCCUCCUUCCUCAUAACUCACUGCCACUAAGGACAGAUUUGCCACUGAUCUACAGUACUUCAUAUGAUGCAAACACAUUAAAAAUCCUUGGAGGGUUAUGACAUCCUCAUUUGACAUUUUGUUUACACUGGCAUGAAAGUGUCAUUAAAUGAAGGGCAAUUCAAGUCUUGGUUCUUUUUUGUUUGUUUUUAAUUUUAGUUUUCAAAAAGCUGA